AUGAGCGGGCAUGGCCCAAACUGCUCCGCCAUCACAAACGGCGUGGAGCACCGCUACGCACACGUGAAGUGGUUUCACGCAGUGAACUCCCAGGCUUCGUUGCUGGAGGCGGCGCAGGCCAUCGAUCAGCUGUUUUACGACGAACACGAAGGCGGCGCGCGAGGCAGCGAGGCCAAGAUCAACCACGGUACGCUGGCAGACAAGAAUGCGAGAGGUGGUGGUGGUGGCAACGUCGCAGUUGCCUGCGGCUUCUCCAACGCACCGGCGUGCACCGUCAUUGGUAUCGAGGCGGAUAUUCAGUGGCACCCAACCCUGGAAACGGCCAUCCUGCGACGUGACCCCUUGCCGUCAGCGGUGGCCGACGUGUGCUCAGGCGACGGCAACGGCAGCAAGGAUCGAAACUCACAUGACGAUCGUUCUCCAGCUGCUACAACGACCGCGGAUGCGGCGGAGGACGACACGCUUCCACUCGAGGCGUUUCUCCAGACGUUGGCGGAGACGGUGAAGGGGUGGCGGCAACGCGCCGCCUGCUUGGCCACAGCGCCCAUCCGCUCCCCAGCAGCUGCGCCGCCUCUGCGAGUCAUUGUAAAGCUUCAGUUUGGAGCGCUCCCGGCAGCGCAGCAGCUCCUCACGCACGCCGAGGCGCAUACGUGGGCGGGCCUUGAGGAACUAUGCUGGCAGCCCCACAGCGAGGGAAGCGCAGCUGCGGCCGUGUCCGGUACUGCGCGCCAACACGCCUCACUCUCGGUCAUCGAUCACUCCGCCGACGCUUCAGUGACGCCAUCGGAAGCGCAGCGACAGCCAUCCAUGCCGGUAGCGUCGCAUCCUCCCGCAGCUGUGGCCAUAGAGCUGUGGUGGAGCGCCGACGUGGUCGCGCAGAGCGGGGUCACCCCGCACCCCUUAUCUGUUGCCGCGGCCCCGGCAUCUGUCGUGCAACGUCUCAUGGCGCGAACAGCGCAGGUGCUCGGCCCUCGCGUUCCGCUUGGCUUUUCGCUUGGUUGGGUCCUCUGCCCGCGUGCCGUGCCGGCUGGAGUGCUGGCGAUGACCAAGGCCACUGCGGCGUCACCAACCACUGCCUCAGCGACGACGGUGAUGCCGCAACCGCAAUACGUCUUUUACAGCCUCCUCGAGGAUGCCGCAGUCAUGAAAUCCUUCCUGGACGGUCUCUGGAAGGAGCUGGAGUCCUCUGCGCACCGGCACAGCAAUGGGACAGCUGUGGAGCCCGGCGGAGGCACCACCCUGUCCGGCAUCGUGGGCAGGGAGGGGAUGGAGAAACGCAGCGAUCAGGCGGUCGUCAGCGCGUCGGCGCCACCGUCAGCGGCACGCCUUGUGCGGCUCAUCACGUUCACAAUGAUGUUUGAGAGCGUGUUCGCCGACGUGUACACAGCGAAGGAGCGGCAGCAGGCCUUCGAGUCGUCGUUAGCGGCCACGGCGUCCCUCAACGCGGCGGCGAGGAAGGCAGACGAGACUCGGCGUGUCGCCGCAGCCGUGCUGGAGCACACCACGAAGCUCUUCAGCGCGCCGCACGUCACCACGAGUGCAACGCUGAAGACGUGCGUGAGCGGCACGGCAGGCAAGGUGGUUGAGACGGAGCAGCUCGAGGAGGAAUCGCGGAAGCACGCAGCGGCCCCAACAGCUGCGACGAUGACGCCAUCGGACGAUCCCCGUGCGUUUCCGACGUUUAGGAAGGCCAUCCGACCACCAUCGCCCGCCUCCCUGGCCGUCGUGGCGUCCGUUGCGCAGUCCACGCCACCCACAAAGAUCGAUGAGGAUGAUGAUGACGCGUUUCAGUCAAACGUGGACAGAGCCGCACGCGUCUUCUUCCCCUGCUGCAGCAUUGAUACCGGGCGAGUGCCAAUGCAACGAACGUCGCUCGCGCUUGCGGCUGCGGAGAAGAGGGACAAUGGGGUUGGGUGCUGA